AUGACGAGCAAAAGCCUCACUCCAAGCCCCCCAGCGGGGGCCCCGCUAGCAGGACAGAACGUUGCAGAGGGAAAGAUGUUGCUGUACACUCGUGUUGCCCCCCCCAAGCAACCCAAAAAACGUUCACGAGGUGGAUGUACAUACUGCAAGGAAAAGAAGAAAAAAUGCGACGAAGGACGCCCCAGCUGCUCUCGAUGCAUCAGCCAUGGCGUUGAGUGCUCCUACGAACCAAUAAAGCCGCGCCAAAGGCAGCCCAGGAGACGUGAAGCAUCGGCAACACCUACAACAGCACAAUCAGCACUUCCAAUUGAUACCGUUGUGGAGGAUCGAGAGCCGUCGAGCAUGUACGAGAUGUGCAGGAGGAUAGCCGCUGCGUCAGCCGCAGCAUCAUCAUCUUCAACUGCCGGCCAACUUCCAUACUCUGGAAGCAGGGCGCAAACAACAACCCCUAACAGCAUGCUGUCCCUACCAUAUCACACCCGAUACCCAACCGGGAACAAGCCCGAUAGCUUCUCUCCCUUCUACCCGCCAAUACCGUCCCAAACAGCAGACCUUCUCUCUCCAAUAGACACCCACGACCGCCAAUCCGACGAUCCCAACAACCAACAACCUCCUACCGCAACUAACGCCCUCACUUUAACUUCCCAUCAACCCCCCUACCGUGCCUUCAUCCCCCCUCUCACAAUCCCUCACUUCUCCCCGCCGAACUUCAUCGAAAUGACCCCCGACCCCCAUCGACGCGCCCUCCUCUUCCACUUCUGUCGCGUUCUCUCGCACCGCAUCGUCCUGCGCGAGGAGACAGGCAACCCCUUCCAGCGAUUCGUGCUGCCCCUAACGAUGAGGGAGGGCGAGCCGACGCCAGUGUUUUGGGCGUUGCUGGCACUUUCGAGCGGGCAUAAGGAGUAUCGCCUCGGAGGGGGGGAUGAGGGGGGGGAGGAGGAGGAGAAGGGGAAGGAGAAUGCAGUUUGGUUCCAUAGUAUGGCGUUAAGGGGGUUGGCCGGAUGGAUUCAAAAGGGAGAGAAGGAGAGGAGGAAUGAGAUGCUUGCAACAGUGAUGUUGUUGGUUUAUUAUGAGUGUGCUUUCCGAUUCUACGACGUUAUAACGGCCCUUUCCAACGGCGCUGCUCCCCUCUCAGCAGCCCCUCAGCCAGGCUGCCUGCGUCCAAUCUCCCCCCUCGGCACACCUAUUCCUCCUCCUUCUCCAUCUCUCGACUCCGAUUCCGGUCCCUCGUCAUCCCUCAACGACGUCGAUACGCUCCUUGGUAUGACAACAACCCUCUGGCCCAUCAUCCAUCGCCUGGCUGAGCUAAGAGCUCUACGCUCCGAGCUGGACGCUGCGAUAGCGGCACAAUCAGCGAAAGCCCCCUCCUCAACAAACACAAAUACCAACGUCGAGGUUCUCCGCACAGCCCUCGAAACCGCCGCCAAGGGCAUCGAAAGUGCCCUGCUGCGCUGGCACGCCAAAAAACCUUCCGGCUGCGCAGCCGACGAAAUAGAUGUCGACUUCUCUCAGCCAUCAUCCCCAGCAAACCCUUCCUCUGCCUCAUCCCCUUCCUCCCCGUCAUCAACCCCAUCCUCAUUCGCCUCCGUCCGCGUCCUCCCCUCUUCCGACCCCUUCGAAGCCCACCUCUCCUCCAUCCACCACAACUCUAUGGCCUACCGGCACGCUGCCCUCGUCCAUCUCUACCGCGCCAUUCUUCCUCCCCCGUCUUCGUCUCAGGCAAGCAUCCGCACCCAACAAAUCCAGCACCAUGCGCACCUCGCACUAACACACUGCGCGCUCGUCGUAGCGCACGGGGGGCCUGUGGCGGCGUUAUUGUGGCCCAUGUUUGUUGCGGCGUGUGAGGCGCUGACGGUGGGAGAUCGGGCGCUGGCCACGGAGGUUUUCGCGGUUGUGGAUAAGAGGCAGGGGAUGAGGAAUAUUGGAAGGGCGUGGGAGAUUGUGAGGGAGGUUUGGAAGAGGAGGGAUAGGGGCGAAGGGGGUUGGAGAGAGGGCUCCGAAAAGUUCGAACUUUGGGAUCUCAGCGUCGGCGCGGUAGCCGACGAGAAGGUUCCCAAUUCUGAGCGCAUCAGAGACACAGAGUGGGAGGGUUACACAAAAAUUGGAGGCACCAUUUGGCACAAGCAAGGCCGCGUUGGACGCAGCCAGGCGGUCACUGGUGCUUUAGGGAGUUGCAUUGAAGAAGCCAACGGACGAUUGACACGCCGAGGACCAGCGCAACGGAUGCCGGCACACACCAGCAUCAACUAG